AUGGCUGAUCGCUUCCCCUCCUUGGAGGACUUCUCUGAAGGCCAGACUGAGGUCGUUGAGAGCAACGGCGCUUCCGAGGAUGACUUCCUGGCCCGGGAGCGUGCCGCUCUUGGAGAAGAUGCCGACCAAUUCGCUACCCCCCAGGACCACGUUGCGGCUGUAAGCGGCGGAGACGACCUUCUGGGUGGAGGUGACGAUACCCCCGCAGAAGAGAUUGGUCAAUUCGAGUCCUCCUUCCCUUCAGUUGAGACUCAGGCACAAAACGAGCGAGUUGCCCCUGGCGGUACGAUCACCGGAACCGGCUCCCCCUUCCCUGCUACUGGAUAUAGCUCUCAGCCAACCGAGGAAGAAGAGCCUGAGCCAAUUCGUCUAUGGCGCGAGAAGCGGGACGCCGAGCUUGCUCGUCGUGAAGAGAUCUCCAAGGAGAAGAAGGAAGCCACCCUCAAGAAGGCCCAACAGGACAUCGACGACUUCUACGAAUCCUACAACAACAAGAUCGACAAGACAAAGGCCCAGGCCCGUGCUGAGGCUGAACAGUUCCUGGCCAACCGCGAGAAUACCUCCGCCGGCGGUACUGCUUGGGGACGCAUUGCCAAGCUGGUCGACGUUUCGGGUGUGGGCUCCGCUGGCGGCGCCAGCGGCUCGGGCAAGGAGCGCUUCCGCAAGCUGCUGAUCGAUCUGCAGAAGGACGAGGAGGCUCCCGGUGCUACUGGUAUCUAA